AUGACACCAGGAUCAAAGCAUCAGCGAGGACAGAGUAACGCAGCGGAAGGACGCCCAACUAAAGCCGUCAAAGCCAGCCAGGCGCACACUCUGCCAGGCUUUUGGAGGCUGCCCUCCGAGCUGCGUGCCUUGAUCUUCGACUUGGCCUGCUAUCUCUCGACACGAGCGCAAGACAAGCGUCUGCGCUUGGAUCAGAAGACCGUCGCUAGCCUUUCUCGCACAUCUCGUCACUUUCAUUCCCUGUACAACAAUCUGCUUUGGCGACAUGUGAAGAUCGACCGACCGUCUACGCUGGCCGCAGUCUUCGCUAGCUUGAACAGCAAUCCCAAGAACGGGUUGCAUGUCAGAUCGCUUCACGUAGGUCCACUGGAAGGGUUGGCCGCGGGUUGGUGGCCAACACGUUUUGUCAGUCCGAGUGACGUAGGAAGCGAGCACGAGAAGCAUGCUGAGCUGGCUGGCAUAUUCAACAAGGACACGACAUGGAUUCACACCUCUUUGACAGAGAAUGAGGCGGCAAUGAGGCCAAAGUGGUGCCCGCCUACGGCCGCGUUUGCAUGGGAAGAUACACGAAAGGGUUGCGUGCGUCAAGCCGUCACACGGGCAAUGCGAGCUGCAGCGGACGACCUCGGAGUAGAUCCUACCGUAGCCGGGUACAAGCGCUUUGCAGGAAAUCUCGACGAACAUACGGAAGCCCUUAUGCGGUUGCAAGCCGCUCUAGACUUGUACCUUAUCAAGAUGAGGCAGAUUGAGGAUGCGAAAGGCUGGCCCGUACGGCCAUCGCGGGUGGCGAGCCGUUUCCUCGACAACGGCGCCAACUGUCGCGACGCUGACUGUCAGCAUUAUCCGCGGUUGCGCAUUGCGCCAUCGUCAGGGGCAAAAAGCCACACAGGAGCGUUGGACAGCUCAGGCACCUGCGUCGGCUACGACUGCAAUGAUGAUAAAAGGGUCAUCGACACCGAUGACACAAUUCUUCGGCUCACUUACGCGGAUCUGGACGCUCGCACCGACAGGGAGACUGGGCAAGCAGAUCACUUUGAUCAUCCCCUCAUUCUCGCUCGGUCCGGAAGGAGAAUGCUCAUUCCAAGCGACCUUGGGCAUCCUUGGGUAGAUUGGGACCGUACGGAGUGCCGCCGAUAUUACGGCAGACGGCGAUACGAAGACGGCUACUGCGUCAGCUGUGGUAUUGAAGGGUUCCGCUCACCUGAAUUUGCUCAAUACGAGGAUUAUGGAGGCUUUCUCUGCCGGGGAUGCGCAGACCCACUCGACAGGACCAAAAUUGCAACCGAUCUCACCAGCCACAAGAGCAUGCCCGGAAUCGAAGCUCUGGCCGGCCGCAUUGUCCGCAUGACGCCUAGCGUCGUGAAUUUGUCCUACACAAGCUAUCUCGGUGAGGGUGUAUCGGUGCCAUGCAUGUUACUCAACAAGCUACGCUCUCUCUCCGUCGGCCCUUUACCGCCAACGUGGGAGGCUGCGCCCACUUUCACUCGCAUCGGGCUGCCUAGCCUGGAAAAGCUUCGCGUUUCUCCAAAUUGUCUGGACGCCGCGUUAGCAAGCAGACUUGUCAACAAAGAUGGACCUCUACCGCAUCUUAAAGACCUACAGUGGGAUCAUGGACAGCGUUAUGACUACCGAUGGCGCCCAGCUUUUGCACAGAUUGCUCCGAUACUGGAUGCACUUCAAGGCUAUCCUGUCCCGGCUGGAUCUGCUCGCAGCUCCUGGUUGCCAGCCAUCGUACCUUCCAUCGAGACGGCUCAGCAUCACGUCCGCAUUGAGGCCCGACUGCAGCGCGCAGCCAUUGAAGAGCUGCUCGACAAGGCCGGCUCGCCUUCGCUUCGAUCUGCGCGAGAACAUGGCCUCUCAGUCCCUGAUGCGCCCCAUCGGCUCCAGCUGUUACCGAUCAGCGCUGACAGGUAUCCAUCUGCGGAAAACAAGAGCUGGCACCUUGAAGAGGAUCUCGUUGCACACAUGAAGAACAGCGAGAUAUGGUUCGAAGAGAGAGCAUGGGAGUGUGAGAACGGCGAUCUGUAG